AUGAGGGUACUUAUAGCCGCGUUUUCACUGAUCGUCGCGGUCCACGCCUACGACGCCGUCCUCUUCUCCAACCAGAGAGAAAUAGCGUAAGUUUCAGUUUCUUAUCAGUUUAUCACUCGCUUAACUAUUGAUCCAAAUAUUGAUUCGUUUGCAGAGGAGCUUCAGUUGAUCAGCUUGUUCAAUCUGCCACGCCAGAGGAGCCGAUCGUCUUCAUUGUCAACCCAGAUUUCACCCUUGGUACGCUUUCAUUACUUCUUCAAUUGUGAAAUUCAUACUUUCAGGUCAAUUCUCUGUAAAAGCCAAUUCUUAUUCUGAUGAACCAACCACCGAUUAUCUGGCCAAGUCUGUGAGAAGCAGCAACUUCCACGAGUCGCAGUACUUCGCUAACCAGGUCGAGGUGAGUCUUCCACUCGAAAAACUCUUAUUAUCAAAAUAUAAAACCAUUCAGGCUACUUCUGCACAAGUUCUCACUUCUGCUGAUCAGUACAAAGCUGGAUCCUCGGUCUACGUUCUUGCCGGCGAAGAAUGGACUUCGAUGGAGCAGCUCGCCGAGAAACUUAUCUCGCAGAUCGACAACUCCAUUGGAGUCGUCACUUCCACCGACGCCGUCUCCCACGAGAAGAACCGUGUGAAGAGAGUCGCCACGGACGAAAUGAACAGCGACGGAACCUCGUCGACCGGCACUCCGAACGCCAAGGAACUCGACUUCCCACUGGUCCUUCCCCCAUACAACAAGACUGAAAUCAACAUCAAGCCAACCAUUGACAGCACUUGCCUCUUCUACCUUGAGGGUGUCUCCGUUGUUGUGCAACAGAAGAACGACAAGGUUCUCAGCUACGCUGCUGCCUAUCUUCCAGGAAGCAAUCUCACUUAUCGGUACGCCGAUGGAGACGCGCAGUGCCCGAACGGAACCCUCGGAAGCUUCGUGUUCCGUCUGAGACUGAUCCCGCAGCAAGACGUCGUCGGUAAGCAGCAGAACACCGAGCAGUUCACUAUUAAUAACGGAGAUGCUAUCGAUUUGACGUUAGUUUUGAGUUUAUUUCUAUCCAGUUUUCCUUUUUGUUUUUCAGUUUGAACAUCACUGGAGAUAAGCUAGGAUACUGGGGUCUGACGGGAGCCACCCUCCACUCUGCCAAGAUCACUGGAAAGAACCAAUUCAAGUCGGCCUCAGUCACCGAACAAACUCUGAACGCGGCGAGCACUUCGUUCUCUGGAAUCAGCUCCGUCGCAGGAUGGUCUUUGGUUUGCGGACAGACUCAGGCGCUCUUCUUCCCGUCUUCCGAUGACACCGUCAAGAUCGGAAUCGCCCUCGUCAACACUCAAAUCCAAACAUUUAACAUCAGAAACCCAUCGAAAUGGGUGGAGAAUGCUCAUUUCACACUGCAAUCGGAGGACUGCACAGGCACAUUCUCUCCGGGAUCCUGGAUGGGUAUCGUUUCGGCUCUCGUGCUCAUUGGCGGUCUGCUCUUCGGAUACGUCAUGCUUCAGUCCGUUCAGACUAUGGAUCGGUUCGACGAUCCGAAACAGAAGCAGAUUGUCAUUAAUGUCCGAGAAUAA